AUGGCAGAAGGCGAACACCGCCGAGUGCAAGAGGCCGAGGACCAUGCAUCGUCUGGAGAUACCGCCGCCGAGCCUGUCGAGGCCUUCCCGGCAAUGCCAGCCUUCCCCUCCGACGGCCUGCCACUCGACCGCAAUGUCGUAGAUACGAAAACCGACAUCAGAGUCUCGCAUAUUCCUAUGCCACCAUUGCCCAGCGUCUCUGCGAGCGCACCUCCUACCUCGACACUCCCUACCAUCCCCGGCGGUCACUCCGACGAAGAGCAAUCGUCAGAUGCCUCCUCGACGCACAGCAAGCCGGAGCUGCAAGAGUCCUCCAACUCUUCCUCCAUAUCCGAACCUGCGACCGCCGUCGAGAAGAAGGAUGCCGAACACAAGGAGGGCGCAGAGCAGAAGACACGGGCGAGAGCCGGGUCUAGUUCCGCAUCCAUGAAGAAGAAUCAAAGCCACGAUAAUGUUAGGAGGUUGUCUGUGGCGGGGAUGCAGCAGCUGCAGGAUCCAGAAGCUCUGCCCGUUGCCGUUGUUGCAGACGGCGCAGCAAGCGAUGGGGACCGGCCGGCGCACAUAUCAGAGCAGCUGCAAGCGAUUCGGCAGUCGAUCCUGAGCCAACCGGACACCCUCCGGCGCAAUGGGCCGGUGACGGACGGUGGUAGCAGGUCGCGACAUCACGAUGAAUGGCGCCGCCCGACCUCUGGAAGGACCUUAUCUACGCCCCCGACAAACCGAAGACAGUCUCAGUCUCAAACAACCUCUCCUCGCCGAAAUUCCUUCUACACCGUUGCUCGGCCGCCACCCCUGAAUCUCGAGGCGGCAACCCACUUCAACGCUAUCAGCCCUUUGCCUCCCCCGACGCAGACGACGAGCCAGCCCAAAUUACCCCAGAUCCAAGUGCCGCCGCCGUCGUCGCAGCAAUCCAAAGCUCCCCGAAAUGACCCCUUUCCGCCCUCGCCUCUGCCUCCUUCGAUACCCCUCCCGCCCAUGUCUAUACCAACACAUCUACAGCUAGAACUGGCAGCCCAACGACCGAGUCCUUUGUACAUACAUCACUCACAUACUAAUGAUAUUCCAUACGAGUCAUAUGCUGUCAAGUGGGAAAGACUCAAAAAUGUUCUCUUACUGCCGUCUUUCCUCGAACGAACCCUCUAUUUCGGGGCCCUGGCCUGUCUCGAUGCCUGGCUUUACAAUUUCACCAUCCUACCCAUGAGGUUCUGCAUUGCCUUGGGCGUUUUGGUCAAGUGGUGGGGCUAUCUCGCGGCAAAGGAAGCGCGCUGGAUGAUCGGAUACGUCUGGCAUGGACUGGGUAGAGUAUGGGCUAGAGCCCGACGACCCAGGUCCAGAGCUACCUCCUCGGCCCAGCAUGAAGACCCCGAUCACCUCGUCAGCCGUGACAGGAGCCAAAGCCGACCAGCGCACCGGGGCACGCCUUUGGUAACCCCAGAUAUUAGAUCCUCAAGCGACGUUCCCACAAUCAACAUCGAUUCGGAGACAAACGGCAAUCAGGUUAUCGAGCAAGAAGUGAAAAUGAAUGGUAACGGGCAUGGAGUCACUUAUAAGAUAAAUGGCUCUGCCGGUCACCAUCCAACGCACAUGUCCGGACAUCGACAGGCUCGUCAUAGGAGGACGAAGUCAAUCCCAUCCAACUUGUCCUCAUUCCACAAGGCCGAUCUACUACAGGGAGCCGUAAUACUGUGCAGUUCUCUGUUUCUCAUGAAGUUGGACGCCAGUCGGAUGUAUCAUUUCAUUCGAGCGCAGGAUGGCAUCAAGCUCUAUGUCAUUUACAACGUCCUCGAGGUCGGCGAUCGCCUGCUUUCCGCCCUCGGGCAGGACAUUUUCGAGUGCCUGUUCAGUUCCGAGACUCUAUCAAGGAACAGCUCCGGUCGCUCCAAAGUCCUCCUGCCCAUGGGCAUGUUUGUUCUGGCCCUCGUUUACAACGUCAUCCACUCCGUCUCUCUUUACUAUCAGGUCAUUACGCUGAACGUGGCUGUCAACUCAUACUCCAACGCACUCUUGACCUUGAUGAUCUCGAACCAGUUCGUCGAGAUCAAGAGCACCGUGUUCAAGCGGUUUGAGAAGGACAACCUCUUCCAGUUGACGUGUGCCGACAUUGUGGAGCGGUUCCAGCUUUGGAUCAUGCUGCUGAUCAUCGGCAUGCGUAACAUAGUCGAAGUCGGCGGCCUGUCUGUGCCUGGCGCUGGUUCCGAGAGUGGCAGUGAUAUGGGUGGAGGCGCCAUGCCUCUCCACAGCCCGUCCAUCCUGCCCUUCAGCUUCACUGUGCUGCCAUCCUGGGUGUGGUCUGGCGAGGUCCUGUCCCCCUUCUUGAUUGUCAUUGGCAGCGAGAUGCUGGUGGACACCAUCAAGCAUGCCUACGUGAACAAGUUCAACAACAUCAAGCCGACGUUCUACAGCCGUAUCCUCGAUAUCCUGUGCAAGGACUACUACACAAAUGCCUUUGUCACGCCUUCGUUGACUCGACGACUGGGCCUUGCUGUCAUCCCCCUUUCGUGUCUCUUCAUCCGGGCAUCGGUACAGACAUAUCACAUGUUCCUAUCCACAAGAAUUCCUACUCCACUUCCCGAGUCAACACAGACGUCGCUUUCCGUCGAAUCUGCGACGCCAUCCUCACCCGUGAUGGUCGCGGCUCUCGACCGCCUCGACACACUACUGCGCGACGCCUUGGGGCGCGCCGUCUACGGCUACCCGUACGCAUCUCCGGGCGUCAAGGCCCGCUCGUGGUGGUCCUGGACCAGCGACGACGUCAUCGCGGCAGUGACAAUGAUCGUCGUCUUCUUCAUCGCCUUCCUCGUCCUUCUCGUCAUUAAACUCCUGUUGGGCAUGAUCCUCCUGCGGUACUCUCGCAACCGUUACGCCAAGAUGAAGCGUAAGGAGCACUUGGUGGCAACGGGUCAGGAGGAGCGCGAGUCUUACGAUGCCAAGGGCAAGCGUGUGGGCGGGUACGGCCAUAUCGAGGUGACGGAGGACAGGCGCAGGUGGAUUCAUGCGGACGAGAAGGAGGGCCUGAAGGGUGGCAAGGGACGUGUGCAAAAGGCAGAGAAGCCCCCAGAAAGUGACUAUAACGGAGUCUACCGGUACGAAAUGGUUGCGAAGAGGAUUUGGUAG